UGCUAGGAAUAGGAGGUCUUUUUUCUUUUCUCUGUGCAUCUGGGAAACAGGCCUGGGCUACUACACUGGGAAAAAUAUUUAAGACUUAGAACUGAGAAAAUACACAGCAGAACCAUGCCAUCAACUGAGAAGAUUUUGUACUUCCUGUCCAGCGCGUUGUUAACUAUAAUCGGGGUGGCUGUCCUCAGUUAUGGGAUGACGGCGGAGUGGUCCUUCUCCACCAUGGCCUGUUCACCUGUAGGAAGCAAAUUCUUUAAUGGAUCUGCAACCAUUUUCAUGGGCCUGUUCAAAGGCAGAGAGUCCCAUGUAUCCUGUCCUCGGUUUACAAGUGAAAAUGAUGUUGUUGUGUAUGAAAGGUUGGGUGAGAUAGGGGGCGCUGGAGAAACCUUACAUGUCCUGGUUGUUGUGCUCUUGGUCUUUGCUCUGCUGGCCUCUGCAGGUAGCAUACUCAUCACUCUCUACAACACCAUCAGUAAUCCAUAUGAAACCUAUAUGGGUCCCAUUGGACUGUAUGUCUGCAGUGGAUUAAGUGCAUGCUUGGCAUUUCUAGCAAUGGCCCUGUACUUUAUUAAUCUGGUUGCGGUCAACGUUCCAAAGGACAUGCUGAUUGCAAAUAUAAAACAGAGCGUCAUUCUGAAGGAUCCGGACGUGAGAUUCCUGACUGGCUUUUUUAUGAUUGUGCCGUACAUUAUCGUUGACCUGUUCGCCAUUUUCCUGGUGUAUCUGUACGCGCACAUGGCCUACAGACAACGCAUGGAACAGCAGAGACCCACGGAGGACGCGCCCAAAGAGAUUCUGAUGUACUAAAAUGUAAAGGAGUCUAUCCAUAAGACUAUGUGAUCACAGACAUGAACUGAUGAUAGGAGCAACACAGAUGUUUUGGAUGCAAAGCAAUACAAAAUUCAUUACAUUCUGCUUGUCUGUUUUUUCCUAAAUAUAUUAAAAAUACGUUUUGUUCUAUUGUUUUCUGCCCUAAGGAUUUGAUGUAACUGAAUGGCUUCAGAAUACACCCAGAAAUGAUUGAAGAAAACCGUACGUUUAUAUGUGUGAAGGGAGUUAUACUGUACAUAUCAGCACCACUUCACACAUAUCAGCUUGUAAAUAUAGCCAUAAUUAUUUAUUGAUACCAAAGAUCUCUCUCUCUGAUUAUUUCCUUCCAGCUGUCAUUGUUGCUUAAUAUGAACCCUUUCAUGACCUGUUGAAUUCGACCACAUUAGCAAAACACAUUACUGUCUCUUUUUUGGAACUCAAAAAGAUUUGUCAGAGAUUUCAGAAUUCCAGGGAUUUGGAACUUUUAAAUAUAGGAAUCAGAAAGUGGACUCUUUAUGGAAUUGUCUUGUAGUUUUACUGAUUAGUGAGACUUAUUGAGCAGUUGUUUAAUUGGUCAUUACUCUUCUUUUUGAUCUGUUCAACCUUCAACCGUUUUUCUGACUGUGAAA